CUGCAGUACUGUGACAAAUAAUCAAAAAAGAUCAUUGUCUUCUCAUUUAAUAUUCUAGCUGCCGGCCAAACAUUGAAGAGAGCGGGAUGAAGAGGAAGAGAGGCGAGCCUGAGCUGGAGUACGGGGCCUCGUCCGGGGUGGAUGAGAGGUCCAACGAGAGCAGCGACAAGAUGCAGGGCCAGCUCCUAGCCGCUGCGCGCGGCGCCGACGGGGGCAAUGCCAAGUUCGCGUGGUAUGGCGCUCCAUCGGUGGAUGUGGCCGCGACGGCGGUGGAGCACGGGUUCGGCAGGAUGAACAACCGGGUCCUUUUCCAUCGCGCGCACGGCGACGACGUCCACCUCUCGCCGCCUCGGUCUCCUUAUGCCAGCGCAAUGCUAGCAAAUGCAGAUGAGAACGGCGAGGCGCAUAUCAUGUUGUGCCGUGUUCUGUUGGGCCGGCCAGAGGCCAUCCCGGCCGGGUCCUCCAAGCUCCACCCCAGCAGUGACAAUUACGACAGUGCCAUCGACAACAUGCAGAACCCACAGUGGUAUGUUGUUUGGGGCAAGGACAUGAACAUGAGGAUCCUCCCAGAGUACGUCGUCAGCUUCAAGUGUCCCAACCUCCAUCAGAUGCAAGGAUCAUCGGGAGCGAACUCCAUGCUAAAGAAGCCUUCGCCGGUGGCUCAUGACAUGUUUCCGACGCUUCUAGCAGAGAUCCAGUGGUUCAUGCCAUCUUCCAAGCUGCAGACAUUGCAGGGAACCUACAAUUGCUUCAAGAAGAAUGUUCUAUCAAAGCAACCAUGUCUGAUAUGUUCACAUGAAUUCUUUCAUGUGGCCGUCCCUCACAUUCCUUUGCUUUCAACUAUUCCAGCCAGCUGCAAUGAAGUCCUCCAUAGAGAAGGGUUUGCAGAAAAUGAUCUUGGCAUCCCAGAUAAGCAGGUCGGGGUCAAAGCCGGUGCCCGGGGGAUUUCAAUGGAUCACCAACACGAGAAACUGAAAUGGCAGGACCAGAAAAGAUGGUCCCAGAUCUCACUGCAGCCGGAUGUGCAAGAACACAUCAAUGAUCAUAUGUGA